AUGAAGAAAAUAAACCUUCGCCUCGGCCUCCUCCUCUAUUUGUUGCUGCUCACCAAAGCAGCAGCAGCAGCAGCAACAGCAGCAGCAGCAGCAGCAGCAGCAACAGCAGCAGCAGCAGCAGCAGACGAUGACGCAGCAGGGGAUUCUUUUCCCCCUGCUCGCUGCCAGCUGCAGCAGCUGCAGCAGCAGCAGCAGCAGUGGUUCCCGCGGGAUUACUUUGCUGCAGAUGCUUCUGCUGCUUCGAAAAGCUUUCGAGAAGAAUAUGAAUUUGUGGAGAAAACUUUUGCUGUUCGCUUUGCUGCUGCUGCUGCGAGCGGGGCCGCUGCGGUGUACGUACACUCCGUGGGCGCGGGCAGCAGCGCGAAGUCCCGAGACAAACUUGGCCGGGAAAUAAUUCAAAACAAAAAAAGAUUAACUAAUUCUAAAGAGUGGAAUAAAUUAAUUCGAGUUUCCAAUUUGCUUUUCACUGUUGCCCUCGCGACAGAAAGCGCUGCUGCAGCAGCAGCUGCUGCUGCUGCUGCUGGCUGCGAAGGAACUUGCGUUGCGUUGUGGCUUGCGUGUGGAGUGCUGCAGCAGCAGCAAGCGGAGAAAGUGCUGCUGGUAGUAGACCUGACGGCGGACUCGGAUAUUGUUGCUGCUGCUUUUGCUGCUGCUCAGCAGCAGCAAACUGCUGCUGCUGUUCUUACUUGGGCUGCGCAGCCCCAGGUGUACGUGGAGCUCAACUGGCUUCUUUCGCGAGUUGAGCGGCUGCUGCUGCUUGCUGCUCCGCUGCUGCUCGCCGACAAUUUGCUGCUGCUGCAGUGGCUGCUGAGCCAGGCAGCAGCAAUAGCUCGGGACCAAAUCCAUAGGGAGCAGCAGCAGCAGCAGCAGCAACAGCAACACCAGCAGCAGCAGCCGCCUGCGCGCUUACAAGAAGCGCUCAAUCAGCUGCCCGUCAUUCAGCGGCUGGUGGCAGCAGCAGCAGCUUGCAGGGCUGACGAGGCAGCAGCAGCAGCAGCAGCAAGGCCGCAAGCCUCAGCAGCAGCAACAGCCGCAGAAAUCGCAGCAGCAGCAGCAGCAGCAGCAGCAACGGACCCCCCGGACUGCUCCUCGGUGUUAGCUGCUGCUGCUGCUCUGCGCGAGCAGCUGCAGCAGCAGCAAAGGGCCCUGGGGGCCCCCCAGCUGCUGCUUAGUGCUGCAGCAGAUGCUUUUUAUUUAGCAGCUUUUAUUAAUCCCCAAAAUAUUCCUUUUCCUUUUAUGCCAGCAGCAGCAGAGGCCUCGCAGCAGCAGCAGCAGCUCCGCAGCUUCCUCCGCCGCUGCUUGCCUUUCGCCUUUAAAACGAAGCAAAUCAAAUACGCUGCUGCUGCUGCUGCAGCAACAGCAGCUGCUGCUGCUGCUGCUGCUGAUGGGGAGGGGCCCCCAAGGCCCAGCAGGCUAAAGGCAGACAGCGAUUUGCUGCUGCGCUGA